UACCCAUAUAAGCGUAGAUAUGAGUGAAGAAGAAAAGCAGCAGGCAAGAAGCAAAUUUUAUUCAAGAUCGGGAAUACCAAAUGUAAUAGGCUGCAUCGAUGGAACCCAUAUUGCGAUUUAUGCUCCUACCACAAACAAACACCUCUAUCUAAACAGAAAAGGAUUUUUUAGCAUAAAUGCAAUGAUUGCUUGUGAUCAUGAUAUGAAUAUCCGUUUUGUGGAUGCUAGAUAUGCUGGUUCUACACACGAUUCGUUCGUAUGGAACAAUAGUUCUCUAAAGGCAUGUUUAGAGGCAGCGCAUCAAAACGGAGAUCAGAACUCUAUUUAUUUAGGUAUUCACAAUAUUUGA